ACAGCCAGGGGCGGACUGACCAUUUGGAAACUCAGGCACUGCCUGAGGGCCCAGGGUCAGUAGGGGGCCCCAUGAGAUGCCCCUGGUACCUUUUUCAUAGGCUUUUUUGAGUUUGGGCAAGGACACAGGGGCCCCAUGAUCCCCUAUUGCUCGGGGGCCCCAUGAGUUGUCAGUCCACCCCUGCCCAUAGUCCAGACCUCAGUGCCGUCAGUCAGUGCUACCCAUCAGUGCCAACUAUCAGUGCCCAUCCUUGCUGCCUAUCAGUG